AUGCACCACCCACUCGGCCCCGGCAUGAUGCAGCAGAUACAGAGCGUGUGGACAGACUGUGGGGGGUCUGGUAUCAAGGUGACCCACUGCCCACUCGGCCCCGGCAUGAUGCAGCAGAUACAGAGCGUGUGCACACACUGUGGGGGGUCCGGUGAUUACAUAAGAUACAAGGACAAGUCCAAGAAAUGCAAAGGAAAGCGUCUCGUGGAAAUCAACCACAAACAAGAGAACACUGCUGGUGACGACCAUAGUGACAAGCAGCUGGAUCACACCGACUACAGGAGAGUCGACUGUGACCUGUUCGUAGAAGAGCAUCAGUUUAAGGGAGGCCUUGUGUGGCUUCACUUGCACUCUGUACCCCCUGGACGGGAGGAACGUGGGUGUGUCCAGGUCACCAGGAGCAGUGCUGUCACCAGGGUCUGGAGGGUGAGGGGAUGCCAGUGUUCAGGAGGCCUCAUGUCAAGGGCAACCUCUAUGUUCAGUUCACCAUCCAAUUCCCUGACUCUGGUUUCCUGGAGGAGAGUCAACUAAAGGAGUUGGAGUGUCUCUUGCCCACAGGACCUGACCCACCAGCACUGGACCCAGAGGCAGAGGAAGUGGAUAUGAUAGAGAGUGAGGGGACGAGGGUAGUGGGCGGGGCACAAAGGGGUGGAGCUAUAUACGAUGAAGAUGAGGAGGAUAAAGGAGUGGGCGGGGCACAGAGGGUGGGCUGCUCUCAACAAUGACACUCUUAGGAACUCUAUAUUCACCGCUUUGAUUGUAUUUAUGGACUGGUUUUGUGGUUACUGCUAUUGUUCUAAUUAUGUGAAUAACGUU